GCCUCAAAGAAGCAGCUCUAUCGGCCCGCUAAUGAUGCCUCACACAGAGAGCCGAUGCUCCUUUAACUCCAGGCUUUAAUGCGAAGUUUCUGAGCCUGAGACAACAGCUUUAGAGCUGGGGUGUGCCAUCAGCUGCUCGCAGCUAGCUCCCUGUCUACCGCUUGAACUCAGGCUGGCCGGCUUGCAGAAUGGAAACUAGACAGGCUUCUACCUACCUGUAACCGUGUUCCACCAGGAGAUGGAUCAAGCAUUUGCUUAGCCACAUCCAGCAAACACAAUCGGACCUAGCAGAGGGAGGACGCAGAUUCUCUGCCUGGUGGGGAAAGCCCACCCGGCCUGACAAUCUUAUAACUCAGCCCUUCCAGGGAGCAGCCACCAUGAUCUCUCCACACUGAUGAUGGAAGAAAGGGGAACCAGGAGAUACUGUGUUUUGGAUUCCCUGGAUGAUGGAUGAAGGACAGCCCGUCCCUUCACCCCUGGUACCCCUUGGGAACUUAUCAGAUUCUAGCAUGUCUCUGGAACAAAAAACAACAUUCGUUUUUGUGAUUUUGUUGUUUAUCUUUCUGGGCAUCCUCAUCGUCAGGUGCUUCCGGAUUCUUCUAGACCCAUAUCGGAGCAUGCCAACCUCAACCUGGGCUGAUGGGCUUGAAGGCCUAGAGAAAGGGCAGUUUGAUCAUGCCCUUGCUUAGCAGGGGCACAGUAGGCUGCCCUUCAAAGGAGGCACAGUGCUUUAUGUCUGAGCAAAGUUUUCCAUUUGUAAUGUUCUCAGCAAAUCAAAUUUUAACCACAUCUGGCCCUAGGACAAUGAGCCAUUAUUUCAUAAACAUACUCUUGUGUUAAAAUCAUCUUAUCUGAGGAUAAUGGAAAGUUUAUAUUACCAACCCCCAAGUAGGAAGGUGCAGACAUGUGUUUUAUACUCGAUGAAUGAAUAUUGUUGGAGAUGUGAUUGUAAAACCAACAGUACCAAUACUCAUGUGGGCUUCACUGUCAAAUGAAGGACUCUCUCAUCACAUCAGAGAAUAAACAAUCAGAGAAAAUCUGAUGUUAAUACAAGAGACUACUCUAGUCAUCCCUGUCAGUUUCACUUUGUGCACAUUUAGGUCGUGAAAAGGGUGACAUAGCCCGUGCACAGGCAACUUCAAGUGGGUGCUUGUAUUCUCCCAGAGUGAGUAGAACUAGGAAGUGGUGGUGGCUUAGUAAAGAAAGUUCUUUACUUGGUAAAUGUGGAUGAGAAUGCUACUGUCAUUUUCAUUAUUAACUAACGUUGAAGUCUACAGAGUUUGGAAACUACCAGGCCUCAUCUCUGAAUUCCUGUGGCUAACACACUUAGAUACACUGAUGCAUAGUUAGAAUUUUUUUUUGUCUUUACAUUUCUGAUGGAACUAAUGGAUUACAAGCACAACUUCAAGGUUUUGUUUUUAAAGAAAGAUGAUCGCUUAGCUAGGAGACUGUGACUGUAAGAAGAGUAUGCAUUUAUGCCUGCGUGUAGUUACCAAAUAAAAAUUUUUAAG